AUGGAUUAUAUGGAGGCACAGGGGAUCCUAAUUCUAUUUGGUAUUAUUUUUAAGAAUAAAAAUCAGAUUAAAGUUGAAGUGAAGGAGGAUGCAGCAGAUCUGUACGUGAAGGGUCAAGGUCCAUGUAAGGAGGAGGGAUGUUCUUCAGAGAUCAGCACAGACUCUGGAGAUAUUCAGAGAGACGUCAAUGAUGAGGAGAAGGAUGAAGGACAUGUCAGGAUUAAAAAGGAGGAAGUUCCUUUGGAGAUUGGCCCAGAUCACAAAGACACCAGAGUGACCGAGAGGACGUUCAAAGAUGAGGAUGGAACAAUACUCAUGAAGAUUAAAGAGGAGGAAAGUCCCCCAAAGAGCAGCAGAGGUGAAGCCGACACAAAGAAUGGCUUGGAAGAACCAGAAGAUGAGAAAGAAGAUGAUGCUAUAGCAAGAUCUUCAGAGGAAAACCCAACUACUCCAAAUCUCCUUCCAGCCCAUCAUAGUUCAAGUCCAUCUACCGAUCCCUCUACACAUGGCGGGAGUCUUCCUGAUCAUCCCCAUCACGCUCGUAGCGGGGGUGACAUGUUCCAGUGUCCCGAGUGUGGGAAGUGUUUCAACCAGAGAGCAAAGCUCAUCACGCACCAGAGAAGUCACACCGGAGAGAGGCCAUUUUCCUGCUCUGAAUGUGGAAAAGCUUUCACCCAAAGAGGAAACCUGAUCACGCACCGGAAAAUCCACAAAGGCGAGAAGCCGUACUUCUGCUCGGAUUGCGGGAAAUGUUUCCUCCUGAAGGGCGGUCUCGUUAAGCACGCAAGGUUUCACACGGGGCUCAGGCCAUUCUCCUGUCCUCAAUGCGGGAAAAGCUUUCCAGACAAAGGCCGCUUAGACCGUCACGAGACAACCCACACGGGGCAGAAACCAUACUCCUGUUCGGUCUGCGGGAAAAACUUUUCCUCCAAAUCCUACGUUAGCAAGCACGAAAGGAACCACAAACAGGAUCAGCCGUAUUCCUGUCCUGAAUGCGGAAAAGGCUUUCCGGAUGCGACCCGACUGGAGCGCCACGUAGUGGUGCACACGGGGGGAAAGCCAUACACGUGUUCUGAAUGUGGAAAAGCCUUUUCCCAGAAGUCCAACUUGAACGAGCACGAAAAAACGCACACGGGAGAGAAACCGUUCUCCUGUUCCAUGUGCGGGAAAAGCUUUGCCUAUAAAUCCAACCUGACCACGCACGAGAGGGCGCACGCGGGGGAGAAGCCGCACUCUUGCCCCGUUUGCGGGAAAAACUUUGCGCAGAAAUACAUCCUGGCCAUGCAUGAAAGGACCCACACGAAGGAGAAGCCAUUUUCCUGCAGCGUGUGCGGGAAACCCUUUGCACACAAGUACACCCUGGCGAUGCACGAGAAGGCUCAUUCGGGGAAGAUGCCGUAUUCGUGUGCCGUCUGCGGGAAAAGCUUUGCACAAAAGUAUGUCCUCGAUGACCACGAGAGGACCCACACUGGGGAGAAGCCAUACUCCUGCACCGCGUGCGGCAAGUGCUUUGCACACAAGUCCAAUCUUAUUACGCACAGGAGGACUCACACCGGGGAGAAGCCCUAUGCGUGCUCCAUAUGCAGCAAAUGCUUUGCACAGAAACCCCAUAUGAUCACACACGAAAGGUCUCAUACAGGGGAGAAGCCUUUUUCCUGUUUGGAAUGUGGAGCGUGUUUCACGAGGAAGUCCAAACUUGUGACCCAUCAUCGAUCCCACGCGGGGAACCCAUUGGAUCCCUCAGAUCUUCCUUCAGCCGUUAUGAAGCCAAGUGUCAGGGCGGAGUUACCCUGUAUGCAGGAGUGGAACCCAAUAGCAGAGAACAGUGCUGGAUACAAGUCCGGGGUGAAGGUUCAAGAUGGGAAAUCCAAAGGCGUAGUCAGAAUACCGUCCGGGUUAAGGCAGGCAGCAAAUAUAGAUGAGAAGACAAGCCAGGGGUCAAGAAUCAGGGAGUCCGAAUGGUGGGAACGGAGAUCAGGAGCAGGAAGAGGAAGUGGCACCAUACUUGUAUGGAUACCAACAAGAGCUGAAGCCAUCAAUCGGACCUUGGACCAACAGCUUUACCCAGAGGAAGUGACAAAACAUGUGUAUGGAUACCUACAUGUGUAUGGAUACCUACAAGAGCUGAAGAAGGUGCAGCCAUCGGUUGGACCUUGGACCAUCACAUCUUCACAGAGGCAGCUACACACCAUACUUGUAUGGAUACUUACAAGAGUUGAAGAACAUGAAGCCAUUGUUCAGAUCUUGGACCACCACCACCUCUACCUAGCAGAAGCUAUAUCAUACCUGUAUGAAGACCUACAAAAACUUAAGAAGAAUUAUAUUGCCUUCAAGCUACGUGAUGGCUUGGUUGCACCAAACCUGAAGAAGGCCCAAAGCCCCUUCGCACUUCAAGCUCCAUCCUUGACAACUGAGAACAACAAUGACAAGAAAAUUGAAGAAGUCACCCAGAAGAUCAUUGAGCUGCUGGCGGGAAAGGAACAUCAUGAGAUACCUGAGGAACAUCAUGAGUUCCCUCAGGAGGAUCAGGGAAACAGUGUCGUAAUCAAAGUUGAAGAUGAAGACGAUCCAUAUGUGCAGGGUGAUGAGCCGUGUAAGGAGGAGGACAUCCCUCCAGAGAUCAACACAGAUGGGCUGUACAGACGGUACACCAGGGAGGAAUGUCCUGAGAGCUCUCUAGAUAGCAAAGAUGAUGAUGAUGAUUUCCCUGCAGACUCUCCAAAGGACCCUAUGACCACAGAUCUCUACCCAUCAUCUCACAGUGUCCAUCUAGUAGAUCCUUCUACUCUUGGAGGGAGCUUUAGCGAUCCCUCCCUUCCUGUAACUUAUCACGCAACCUAUGGGGCCUCUAAGAAGUUUCCGUGCUCCAAAUGCGGCAAGUGCUUCACCCAGGUGACGACGUUCCUCGCCCACAAGCGGACUCACAUGGGAGAGGUGCAGCACUCCUGUCCCGAUUGCGGCAUGCGUUUCGACCUGAAAAAGGACCUUGUCAACCACCUGGCCAGCCACACCACCGACCAGCCAUACACGUGCUUCUACUGCAGAAAACACUUCUCCAGCAAAUCCCGUCUGGACCGUCACGAACUCAUUCACACGGGGCACAAGCCAUAUUCCUGCUCCAUGUGCGGCAAGCGAUUUACGCAGAAGGCCAACCUAGCCCGCCAUGAAAGGACUCACACGGGGGAGAAGCCCUUCGCCUGUCCCGAUUGUGGCAAAUUCUUCAGACCGCGAUCAGAACUUCUGGCCCACGAGCGCAUCCACGUAAGGGAACGUCUUUUCUCCUGUUCCGACUGCGGCAAAGUCUUUACCCAAAAAGCCCACCUGGUGAAACACGAGAAGGUUCACUCCGACGAGAGGCCGUACUCCUGUUCCCAGUGCGGGAAGUCCUUCCCAGACACGGCCAUCCUGGCCCAGCAUCAGAAGUUCCACUCGGGAGAGAAGCCGUACCCGUGCUCGGAAUGCGACAAAUGCUUCACUCAGAAAGGCGACCUCGUGAAACAUCUCCGAAUUCACACGGGAGAGAAACCGUUUCCUUGCUCGGAGUGCGGAAAGUGUUUUACCCAAAAAGGAGACCUCGUGAAACACCUCAGGAUCCACACGGGGUUGAAACCGUACGUCUGCUCUUACUGCAGCAAGCCUUUUCCGGUCAAGGCCCGUCGUGAUCGGCACGAGCUUAUCCACACGGGGGAGAAGCCCUAUUCGUGCUCGGUGUGCGGGAAACUUUUUGCGUUGAAGGACUUCCUGGUCACGCACGAAAGGACCCACACCGACGAGAAGCCGUAUUCCUGUCCCGUGUGCGGAAAGAGGUUCACACAGAAGUCAAACUUGGCCACGCAUGAAAGGACUCACACGGGGGAGAAGCCCUUUUCUUGCUCGGUUUGCAGCAAGAAAUUCAGCCAUAGGACGAAGCUUCUCGCCCACGAGCGGAUUCACACUGGGGAGCGGCCUUUCUCGUGUUCCGAAUGCGGUAAGGUGUUUACCCAGAAGGCCCACCUCGUGACGCAUGAAAAAAUUCACUCGGGGGAGAAGCCCUACUCCUGCUCGCUUUGUGGCAAGGGCUUUACAGACAAGGCCGUCUUGGCCCGCCACCAAAAGUUCCACUCGGGGGAGAAGCCUUUUUCCUGCUCCGAGUGCGGGAAGCGGUUCACUCUGAAAGGGGACCUCGUCAAGCAUCUCCGAAUUCACACCGGGGAGAGGCCGUAUUCCUGCUCCUACUGCAGUAAACCUUUCCCAGAUAAAGCCCGUCUGGACCGGCACGAGCUGAUUCACACGGGGGAAAAGCCGUUUUCCUGUUCCAUGUGUGGGAAAGUGUUUGCCCUGAAAGCUUUUUUGGUCACGCACGAAAGGACCCACACUGACGAGAAGCCAUAUUCGUGUUCUGCGUGCGGGAAGUGUUUCACUCAGAAGUCAAAUUUGGCCACACACGAAAGGACUCACACUGGAGAAAAGCCGUUUUCUUGCCUGGCUUGUGGGAAGAGCUUUACUAGGAAAGCGACUUUGAUCUCCCAUCAACAUUGUCACAAGUGAAAGCACGCUGAGGUGCCAGGGA